AUGGCCUUCGGGCUUGUUAUCGGCGCCGGGGCGGCUACGGGUCUUGGGGCUGCCGUAGUCUUUUUUCCGGCUCUGGUUCGAUUAGCCUCGCGCCGAACUCUGGCCGGCGCUUUGGGUCUGUCAGCUGGUGUCAUGGUCUACGUCUCAUUCGUCGAGAUAUUUGGCAAGGCCUCUUCAGCUUUUGAAGAUUCGGGUAUCGAAGAGGAUACUGCCUACAUCUAUGCCACUCUGUGCUUCUUCGGUGGUGUUGUUCUCAUGGUGGUACGUACUUUCGUCGCCGAAGAGAGCGAUUCUCCAGGAUCUCCGGACGAGGAGGACACGCCGGAAACCAAGGAUUCCAAGAAGCUCAUGCGCAUGAGUUUGAACACUGCGCUGGCAAUUGGAAUUCACAAUUUCCCCGAAGGCUUGGCGACUUUUGUCGCCACGCUUGGAGAUCCCAAAGUGGGAGGUGUACUGGCCGUCGCUAUUGCCAUACACAAUAUUCCCGAAGGUCUCUGUGUCGCCAUGCCCGUCUACUACGCCACGGGCAACCGCUGGAAGGCCUUUGGCUGGGCUAUGCUGUCGGGCAUGUCCGAACCUUUUGCAGCGCUUUUGGGAUGGGCCAUCUUGGCCAAUUCCUUUUCGGAUAAGCUAUACGGGAUACUGUUCGGCAUAGUUUCGGGUAUGAUGGUAGUUAUUUCCACUCGCGAACUAUUGCCGACGGCGCAUCGCUACGAUCCCGAAGAUUCCGUUGUUACUUACUCCUUCAUUGCUGGUAUGUGCAUAAUGGCGCUCUCUCUUGUUCUCUUCUUACUGUAA